GGAUUUUAAAGCGUACCGAAAACCCCGGGCUGUGAGGGAGCAUGGGGUACAAUGAGGUCAGACGUACAGCAGGUUAGAUGAGCUGACGUCAUAGCCAAUGUGGAGAGGCCUGCUGCUUAAGGGCACCGCCUGUCUCCUGCAGGUGUCAGCCCAGAGAUUUCUCCAUCAGAGGCAUUUCUCCUCCCAGUGUUUUAGCCUCCUCACCAACAGGUCCCUCCACAAGCUUCCUGGGACUCCAUGCAUCCCUAGGAUUAAGCAAACAGACUUCUUCCUAUUUAACAAUCUGAUCAGGAGUUAUAAAAAAGAUGCUAAGUCCACUGUAGAGUUCCCACUCAGUCCCAUCACAGUCACAGACAUCAAGCAGUAUUUACGCUCCAAAGAAAUCCCCUUCCACGAUGGCUACAGCUGCCUCCACAUCCCCAGCAUUUUCAUCGACCCGUCCACGAGGAAGGACAGCUUCUCCCUGUUCAUCAAUAAAACCACUGGGCAGUUUCUGUGCAAGGACACGUUGGUGGAGGGUAGCUGGGAGGACCUCCAAGACUGUCUGGAGGUGAUGCAGAAGGAGGAGCAGAGCUCCCUCAGCCCUCAUGUGCUGCUGGGGUUUCCAGAGAGCCCAGAGGAGCAGGAGGAGAGGGAGAGGGAGCUGAGAGAAGUGCAGGGGAUCUGGUCUAGGUCGGUGCCCUUCACAGAUGUCCUGGAGGACGAAGCUCAGCUGAUUAAAACCAUGUUCCAGAUCACCAAGAUCUCUAAUGCAACCCUGAAAAAGUUUGGAGUGAGGCUCUUUAAGCCCACCAAGAGUCUGGUUUUCCCCUGGUUUGGAGGUCCAGACUCCUCUCUAAAGGGGAUCAAACUUCUCUCCGCCCAAAGCGUGGAUGCAGACAAAGUCGUCUAUAAUGAAGCCACGGUUCCAAAGUGCAACUCCUAUUUCAACUUGUUUGGCCUUGCUCUUGUGAACCGCAUGGACUCGGAGGUGGUGGUGACCGGCUCCGAGUUGGACGCCUUGGCUGUAAGCCAGAGCACUGGGCUCCCCAGUGUGGCUCUCCCCCGUGGGGUCAGCUGCCUUCCUCCAGCGCUGCUGCCCUACCUGGAGCAGUUCAAGAGGGUGACGCUAUGGUUGGGGGGCGACAUUCGCUCCUGGGAGGCAUCAAAGAUCUUCUCGCGUAAGCUGGGUCUGCGGCGGUGCACCCUGGUGCGGCCGGGGGAGUUCCAGCCAUGUCCGCUGGAGGCUCUCUCUCAAGGGAAAAACCUGUCUCGCAUUGUCAAAGCCUCCAUCCCAGCAGCACAUAAGUCCAUUGUGUCUUUCAAGCAGCUCAGAGACGACGUGUUCGUUGAGCUGAUGAACACAGACCAGGUGGCUGGAGUUAAAUGGACCAGAUUUCCAGAGCUCAACCGGAUCUUAAAGGGACACAGAAAGGGAGAACUCACAGUUUUCACAGGUCCUACUGGAAGUGGGAAGACCACCUUCAUCAGCGAGUUCGCCCUUGACCUUUGCAUGCAGGGCGUCAACACGUUAUGGGGCAGCUUUGAGAUUAACAACGUGCGUCUUGCUAAGACCAUGCUGACGCAGUUCGCCAUGCAGAGGCUGGAGGAAAACCUGGAGCAGUACGACUUCUGGGCGGACAAAUUCGAGGAACUUCCACUUUAUUUCAUGACCUUCCACGGACAGCAAAACAUCAAGACAGUAUUGGACACCAUGCAGCACGCCGUCUACCUCUAUGACAUCAACCAUGUCAUCAUUGAUAACCUGCAGUUCAUGAUGGGUCAGGAGAGCCUCUCAGUAGAUAAGUUUGCUGUUCAGGACCACAUCAUCGGGAUGCUGAGGAAGUUUUCCACCAACAGCAGCUGCCACGUCACUCUGAUUAUUCACCCGAGGAAAGAGGAGGACGACAGAGAACUGCAGACUGCAUCCAUCUUUGGUUCUGCUAAGGCAAGCCAAGAAGCUGACAACGUCCUCAUUCUGCAGGAGAAGAAGCUGGUGACGAGUCCCGGCCGUCGAUCCCUGCAGGUCACCAAAAACCGUUUCGAUGGAGACGUGGGCAUCUUCCCUCUGGACUUCAUCAAGUCCUCACUCACCUUUUCAACCCCCAUCAAGGGUAAGCAGAAGCUGAGGAAGGUUGCCCCCAAGCCUGAGAGUGAGGCGGAGGUCCAGGAGAAGGGGAGCGAUGGUCCUUUAAAGAAGGAUGAGGGGAAGAAGGAGAAAGCCACAAAAACAGUAAAGACUUCACAAGAGGUAAAAAGCCCUUUGAGUGGAAGCGAGAAAGCAAAGUGAAGAUGUGAAAAACAGACUGUAAACAAUGGAGUUUACCCAAGAUAUUUAAAGUUCUCACAGUCUGAUUAAGCUCUUUGUAAAUACACACAUCUUGACUCAUCUCGUCAUCAUAUUCCAUGUUUUUGCUUGUAAGAUGAUAAACGUCCUUCUACUCUGCUCCAAAAACAGAGCAGGUGUUACUGAACAAAUGUGUCAAUAUUUUUCUAUGGAAAAAAAACAACCUUCAGAAUAAACAAAGGAAGUUCUAUGAGUUACCUUUAUUAUUU